AUUCAAGACGUUUGCGAGGGACAAAUGGAAGAGCACGGACGCAAGUCUCUUGAGGUCGAGAACCCUGAAAAGCCACGAGUGGCCUCCACCGACGACACAUCCGACGUCGAGGUUGACGAAGAAGAGGAAGAUCUAGGUGACGUGGACGUUCGUGGUGUGCCCACGUGGCUCAAGUACGAACGACAACCGGGAUGGCACAAGAUGUGGGAAUUCAUGCACAAGCUGGAGACGCCAUAUCGAGUGGGCUCGAAGGAAACGACGCACAUCUGCCUCAUGUGCAUGGACUCUAUUGCAAAGUCUGGCGGGUCGUGGAAGAAGGCGCUGAAGGUCGUGAACACAACCACGAUCGGCAUGAAGCACAUCGAACGGAAGCAUCCGCAGAUCAGCCAAGAGAUCGAGUUGGCGCGGCUGGAAAAGAAAGCGACCAAGGCCAAGGGCCUGAACAAACGAGCAGCUCUCUUGGCGUUGGCUCGAGGCGCGACUUCCACGGAAGCACCCCCAAAGAAAUUUAAAGUGCUGUCGAAACCACUCUGGAUCCCCUCGGUACCUGUUGGUUGUCAUCAUGACCAUGCUGCCAUCAUAUCGUUCUUGCGGCCCCCAUAUAUAACCAGGGCAACGUGUAGGCAGACAUUGACGUGAACGCGGUCAAGUCAGACAUCCAGCAAAAGAUUCAAUCCGUCACGACCACCAUGACCCAGCACACCAAGGUCCAAUACAUCCUCUUGGUGGUUAUCGGUUGCCUGUUCAAGCACGGGCUGAUCUCGGGCAACGCCCGAAGUGCGCUGAAAAGCCAAGCCAUCAACGAACCUGAAGGCAUUCUGCUGGCCGCCGUCGAACUGUUGUUGGUGGUACGCUCGUCUCUUGUACGAGACCAUGCACGUAUGUACCCCCUGACACUUCAAUCUAGGACUGGGACUUGGACGAGUGUGUCGACACAUUCCUUCGCGUGAGCCACACCAUCUUGGGCAGCGAUGACGCCGAGUAGAUCGAACGUCGACGCUAGGACGCGCAGAUGUGUAUACACGGCCCAACGCAUCAAUCAUCAUGGCGACUUGAUCGAGGCGGACGACCAUCACGAAGAGGCAUGAUGGCGACCUUUUAUCCGGAGUGAAAGAUUUCUAAAAAAAUAUGGCGUAAUUUUAUUCAAGUACCACAAAAACCUG